AUGGAUCGAAGCUUAUGCCUCUGCCUACUGAUUUGCCUGUUCUUGCAGUGCCCAUUCAGUUAUUCUUGGAAGAGUCUAACAUUUCUUGAUCUUGGUUCCAACUUACUGCAGGGACCAUUACCUGCUUCUCUCUGCAACUUAGAAAAGCUGCAAUAUCUUCUCCUGUCUGACAACAAACUGACCGGAACAAUACCUCACUGUUUCGGGAACAUCAGCACACAGCUCACGGUGUUGGACUUGCGGAGAAACGACUUUCAUGGGAUGAUUCCAACAACGUUUCCAGAGCGCAAUGAGCUCAGGAAUCUUGGUCUCAACGGCAAUCAACUAGAAGGGCCCCUGCCACGAUCUUUGAUCAACUGCAAGAGCUUGGAAGUUCUCGACGUUGGACAAAACCAUAUAACUGGUCCAUUCCCUGACUGGCUCGGAACUCUUCCAGAGCUACGUGUUCUGAUUUUGAAAUUGAAUAGAUUGCAAGGUCCAAUUGGAAAUUCAUCGAAUAAAUCAUCAUUCCAGAAGCUCAAGAUCUUGGACAUAUCUUACAAUAAUUUCACCGGCUAUGUACCUGCCAAGAUGCUUGAAAAUUUUCGGGCUAUGAAGAAGAAUGGCAGCGAAACGUCACAACGUCAAUACAUGGGAGAUGGCUCAUACUAUCUAGAUUCCGUGACUGUAAUCAUGAAAGGGCUAGAAUACCAAGUAAAGCGGAUCCUCACGGUUUUCACAACCAUCGAUUUGUCUGGAAACCAAUUCGAAGGAAACAUUCCGAAAUCCAUUGGGGAUCUCAAUUCUCUCGUGGUAUUCAACUUGUCCCACAAUAACUUCAAUGCCUUGGACCUUUCCCAGAAUCAUCUGGUGGACCAAUUCCUUCAGGUGGGCACUUCAAUACCUUUCCUAAUUCUUCAUUUACUGGGAACCCCGGAUUGUGUGAUUUUCCGCUUAAAGAUUGUGGAGAAGUUGAUGGACCGCAACCAUCUCCCUGGCGGGUAUCUCAUCACGGAGAUUGUUAGAUCUUACGAGUGGAUUUACAUGGAAACCAGUGGUCUUAGGAUAUUGUUUUGGAAUGAUCCUUGGAGUGGCCAUUGGAUUCCUAAUGUUCUCUACUCGAACCCCAAGAUUGUUCGUUGCUAUGGUUGA